AUGUCAGAGGAGAGCAUAGACUUCUCUCGGAUUCAUACUGGAGGUGGAUACACCUCAGAUUUCGAUUCUGAUGCAGAAAAGGAAAGGAGGUCCAGGAGACAUGAUCUUGUUCCAGAGCGUCAGAAGACAACAGAAAAGGUCGCCAACAAACGAGAACUGGAAGACGAGUAUGGGAGGGAGGAAGGCAAGAUUCACAGAAUGCAAAUCCUCAGUAUGGAUGCAUACACCAGGCAUAAGAAGUAUGUGAAUGAUUACAUUCAGUAUUAUGGAGGAUCAGAAAAAUUCUUCAAAAGAGACAAUUCCAAAGACAAGACAGAUAUGGAUGUGAUUAAAGAACAUCACAAAUUUCUGUGGAAUGAGGAUGAAGCUGACACAUGGGAGAAGAGGCUAGCCAAGAAAUACUAUGACAAAUUGUUUAAAGAAUACUGCAUAACAGACCUAAGUCGGUACAAGGAAAAUAAGGUUGCCAUGAGAUGGAGAACAGAGAAAGAGGUUGUAGAAGGAAAAGGUCAUUUUAGCUGUGGUAAUAGAAAAUGCAAUGAAAAAAAUGGCUUGAGAAGCUGGGAAGUUAACUUUGCAUAUGUUGAGGAUCAAGAAAAGAAAAAUGCUCUUGUGAAACUAAGACUCUGCCCAGAUUGCUCAUACAAAUUAAAUUACCAUCAUAAAAAGAAAGAAAUACUUCCUAAAAAGAAAAAGAAGGACAAACAAGUUGAAUCAAGUUACAAAAAACACAAAUCUCAUCACAGGAGUUCAUCAGAAACAGAAGACACAGAACACCCUGGGGGUUCAUCAAGUAGGAAGAAGGAAAAGUCUAGUGAAGAAGAGAAAUCAUUAUGGAGUGGCCCAGCAAAAAUAUCAGAGGAAAAAUCUAGAGAAGAAGAAUUCGAAGAUUACUUUGAAGAUAUGUUUUUAUAAUAAACUAUAUGAAUUAAAAAGAAA